GCAAUCUGGAAAUGGCGAAGUCGAGCUCCAGCAGCAUUGCGCACUACUUUGCCAAGCUCGAGACGGCGCCGUCGGUCUUGGGCAAGCGAACGCGCUUCAGCGCACCGGAUGACGCUAGCAGUGUCCUUGCGGGCUGCACGGUGAGCAUGCUAGGGCUAUCCCGCGCCAAGGCCGCGCGAGUCGAGGCCAUCGUGGCGGCCUUGGGCGGCGAGACGACAACAGUGGCGUCAGCUCGCUGGCGCGCCACGUAUGUUGUCGUCGACUAUUGGCUGCCGCUUUCGCGGCCUGCGACCAACGCGAUCUGCGUGACGCUGCAUUGGCUCGAGCAGGUGCAGAAAUCGCAGCGACGCCUGUGUACCUCGGACAGUUGCUUCUUUGCGCCGCCGCUGCCGUGCGCUCGCCUUCUCUACCCGAUCGACGAUAGCUAUGUCGACUGCUGGGACGCCGCGCAUCUCCGGCUGCCGUCGUCGCCGCACCACAUCUCCGACGAAGGCGUGCCGUUAUGGCCAUACGUCGCGGGGCUUUUGGCGCAGCCGCUUACGACCAUCGACGCGCUUCAGAACGCAAUUUUGCAGAUCGUCGGCAGCAGCCUCGCACCGCGGUCCUUGCUCGGCUUGUACAAGGCCAUCCAGGCACUCCCUCCACACGACGCGCAUGUCUUUCUAGCGCAAGUUCUGCCGUGGAUGCAAACCCUCGCGCUGGAGCUGCCGCUGCUCUUCCUUACGUCGCCUCCGCUCCUACGAAGAGGCAAGAGCGCCAGCGUGACCUUGACGAAGCGCCAGACCGCGUGCUUGCUUGUGCAUGGCUUCUUCUGCACGCACGUCCCCGACGUCCCCAAGACCUUUCCGCACGCUAUCAACUUUUGGCGGCUCCACGCGGCGCGCAGUCACGGUCAGCACUGGCGCUCCAGUGCACCCAUGGUGCAGAAGCUCGUGUGUCUGCUCCACUACUUUGUCCGACUGCAGCUCUCGACGUCCUGGACGCAGUGUGUGACGUUUGGCCGCACGCACGACGACGACCCGCCGCCGACGUCCACGGCUUGUCCGUGGACCUCUGUCGUGGUUUGCAUGAACGGCGCGAUUGAGGCGGACAUGGGCGCGGUUCAAAUCGACUUUGCCAACAAGUUUGCGGGCGGCGGUGUCCUCGGCCACGGCUGCGUCCAAGAAGAGAUCCGCUUUGUGAUCAACCCCGAGUGCAUCGUUGCGUGUGCGCUCACCGAAGUCCUCGGGGACAACGAGAGGUUUUACGUCGUCGGCACCGAGCAGUAUGCACGCUACCGUGGCUAUGGCGCGACGUUUGCAUUUGAUGGUGAUUUUGUCGACGCGACGCCCGUGGACGCAGUUACCAAGUGCCGGGAUACGGUCAUCGUCGGGAUCGAUGCCACCAAGUACGCAAGCCACUGUGUUCACCACCAGUACCGCGUCCAGGACAUGCGACGCGAGCUGCACAAGGCAUGUGUUGGAUUUGGUGCGCUCCCGGACGAGCCGUUGACUGCGCCGCAUCGGGCGAUCGCGACGGGCAAUUGGGGCUGCGGCGUCUUUGGCGGCGACGUCCAGCUGAAAUUCCUUCUCCAGUGGGUCGCGGCGUCGCUCCAGGGCCGAUCCACGCUUCGCUACUACACGUUUCAACACGCGGCGCUGGUCAAUUGCCUCGAGAACACGGUGCAAGACGUCAAAACGCGAUACUCGGUGCGCGACGUGCUGGUUUUCUUGGCGUCGUACACGCCUGUGGCCGGCAUCGAUGUGUUCGCCGCCCUCUCGAGGCACACGGCAGUGGAGACCCGGGCUCGCGGCACGUUGAUAGAUGCAUAGGACGACGUAUACAGGGAGUUGCGAGAAUCAAUACUACUGCGCUCUGACUCCAA